AUAGUUUACCGGAACACAACGAAAGCAUGACAGCGGUGGAGAAAUGAAUGGGUGCUAAAGCUGUUUGUGUUGUUGUGUCCGUCAUGUUUUGAAUAGAUAAACAGAAACAGUCAAGGGCUGAGUGAUGGAGUGCGACAUUUUGGACUCUUUAGAGCAGCUCGGCUAUGACGGUCCUCUGCUGGAGGAGAAGGCGCUGCUCAGAGCCGCAGAGGGAGGCCUGUCCUCCCCGGAGUAUGUGGACCUUUGCCGGUGGCUGUCAUCCAAGUUACAGCCGCUGUCUGACCUGGAGGAGAGCAUCACUUCCGGUCCAGAGGACAUGGACAGCCUCCAGGCAGAGAUGAGCGGUUUGCUGAAGGAGCUGCACUGUCCUUAUGUAGAAGUCGUUUCAGGGAUUCUCAAGGGCACUGAGCGAAAUACAAAAGAGCAUCUCAAGUUUGUCUUGUUUUUAGCUUCUGAGCUCCAGGCGGCUCAGAUUGUGAGGAGCAGGCGAGUCUGUGAGAAACAACAAGGCAAGAGUCCAGCGUUCGAGGAGCUUCAAGUGAUCUGUGAAACGCUAAAACUGUCAGAACCCAGAGGACAGGACACAGCACGAGUUUUCUCUCAAGUGCAAAACAAGGUUGAAAAGCUACUUGCUGAUCUUCCUAAUGCCUCUGUUGGAAACCCAGUGUUGAAGAAACCUCUCGACAGUGAACAUUGGGAGAAGCUACACAACAUAAACGCAGCUCUGUCGUCAGAGUACGAGUGUCGCCGCAGGAUGCUGAUCAAACGUCUGGACGUCACAGUUCAGUCGUUCGGAUGGUCAGACAGAGCAAAGGUGAGGGUGGACAGUAUGGCCAGAGCCUACCAGCCUAAGCGACACUCUCUGAAGCCCCAGUCCACAGUAGACAUGGCUGAGCUGCUGGCUGCCAGAGAAGACAUCUGCAACGUGGUGAAGACCAGCAGCGGCUCCAGCAGAGAAAAGACUGCUUGUGCUGUCAACAAGAUCCUGAUGGGAAGAGUGCCGGACCGUGGAGGACGUCCAUCAGAGAUACAAGCGCCACCUCCGGAGAUGCCGCCCUGGCAGAAAAGACAAGAUGGUGGAGGAGGAGGUGGGUGGGGAGGACGAGGCGGUGGUGGCGGAGGAUGGGGACAAGGAGGACGAGGUGGUGGAGGAGGUUGGAAAGGAGGAGGAGGAGGACGAUGGAACCAAGGAGGACACAGUAGACAUGGAGAUUAUGGAGGACAUGGUGGAUAUGGAGGACACGGAGGCAAGAGAGGACGGUACCAGCACUAGCUUCUUCACAUUUUUCUCGUGUGUUGGUGUUAUUUUUUAAAGCUGAUCCAGAUGUAGUUUUCCCUAUGAACUCAAUUUUUUUUUUUUGGAGGGAGAAAACCUUUCUUAUCUGGUGAAAAACUGGCAGCAUGAGGUGGUAAAUCAUCCUCUUUGGGAUGAUUGUAAAGCUCUACUUUGAUUUUAUCAGUGUUUCAUUUAGUUCUUUUCAAUAUUCUUAUUAGUGAACGUCGCAGUCAUAAUAUGUAUUUUGUGUCAAAUAACUUAACAUGCACAUCGAGCCAUAAUGUCCCAAAUUUAAAGCACAUACUAAUUUCAAGGAGGUUUUAAGUGUGUAAAUGCAGAAAAAGUGGCAAAAUGAGGAAUACUUUGAUCCAAAUCCACAGGAAAAGAGGGAGAGACUUAUUGUGGAUGUUAGUCUGACAUCUCAGAAAACCCAAAAUGACCUUGAAUCUUUUAGAAAAACAAAUAGUAAAGCUUGUGUCAUAAACAAAAUACUAGAAAUAUUAGAUUUACUGUUAGUCUGUAUUAUGGUACUGGGACACAUGCUUGCAUCUUCAGUAUAUUUAAACAUAUACUUUUGUACACUGAAAUACACAAAGACACUACAUACUGGAUGCUUGCGGAAAAAAAUACGAGUUCUUCCCACUAAAAGUUUUGCUUGUGCACCGACGGAUGUAGCGAUAAACUGAAGAAUGCCGGUGAUGAUGCCUAAAAAUCACCGGUCAGCUCCAACAUUCAAACCAGCUGCCUAAUGUGUAGUUUUGUGUAGUUUACUCUUAGGUGUCUAAAACAGCUUUGACAUGUUGAGACUCUACAAGACCUCUGAGCACCUAAAUGUUAGCAGCACAUCUGACUUGUUUUUCCAGCACAUCCCACAAAUGCUCAGUUAGAUUGAGAUCAUAUCACAUCUUGAACUUUGUCAUGUUCCUCAGAUCAUUCUGGAUCAAUUUUUGCAUUGUGGCAGUGCACUUUAACCAGCAGAAAGAGGCCACUGCUAUCGGGGAACACCAUGAAGAGGUGUGUGUGGUCUGCGACAAUGUUAAGGCAGUCUAACAUCUUUCUGUCAUAGCCAGGACUAAAGUUUUCAGUAGUUUGUGCUAGAGUAGCUCUUCACAUCACACAGGGCAUUGAGCCUUAGAUGUCUAUGACCCUGUCGCUGGUUCCCCGUUGUCCUUCCUUAGACCGCUUCUGGUAACCACAACACCCCACAAGACCUGCCACUCAAUUUGGCCCUUGUCAAAGUUGUUAAGAUUUUUAUGUUGCCCAUUUUUCCAACCUCAAACCUGUUCCAAAUCACAUACUGUUUCAUGCAGUGUAAUGGAGCCCUACACCGAUCAGCCUCAACAUUAUGACCACUGACAGGUGAAGUGAAUAACACUGAUCAUCUUGUUGUAAUGCAACGUUCUGCUGGGAAACCUUGAGUCCUCACAUUCACGUGGAUGUCUGACAUGUACCACCCACCUAAACGCUGCAGGACAGAGUGACUGAAACUGCUGCUAACAUCGAGGACAAUGUAAGGAUUGUACUAAAACAUGGACCCUCAGCUACUAAAUCAUACUGUAGCUCUAAUGUUUGAUCCUUCAGUGUGUCCUCUACAUCAAAACAUAGGAAAGAAAUAUCACAUUUUACAUUUCAUACUGAAAAAUAUCAGAUUUCCUGUAAGAUUGUGUAACAUCUUCAUAGGGACUCUUUCAAUAAAUAUCUAUUCCAAUAA